UCGCACAGGCAAGGAUCCGCGAGAAGAGCGGCGAGGCAGGCUAGGCCGCACCACAAAGCCCGGGCCAACUAGGCCCAUCUGCAGAGUCAGAAGCGGACACCAGGAACGGACUGCAGAGACAAACGAAAGUACGAAGUAGGAGCCGAAAGGACGACGUCGACGCAGCCGACACAGCAGUGGCAGGACGUACGCGACGGCCUGCACUGAAAGCAGGACGACCUGAUGGCGUUGUAACUCAGGGACGUGCCUCGGCCGAUAAGGAAAAGCGCACAAACCACAAGAGCAAGACCAGGACACCAUAGUCACAGCAAGGAUUCGGCGCCCAACAGAGAGGAUACGAAUCACCAACCGUGUCUGACGUAACCGGCAGGGCAGACGAAACGACGCCUACUCGUGUCCAGUUGACUUCAGCCCGCUGUCACAACAACAAAUCCGGUCGGAAACGAGUCGCCGACCUGUGAAACUGUCUACCACGCAGACAGCAACGACGUCAACAACAACACCUGAAACAGUCGCAGCCUCAAAUCAUUUUCACAAUGCCGGUACCCGCUAUUCCCAUACCGGUGCUAAACACCGACACUGCCACAUUAUGGAACCGCUUCAUGGAGAAAGCCGAAGAUCCGGUCAAGCAGAAGAAGCUCAUUCUCAUCAUUGUCUGUAUCGCCCUGCUGCUCGACAACAUGCUGUACAUGGUGAUUGUACCGAUUAUACCACAAUACCUUCGAGAUAUCAAUUCCUGGAAAACGCACCAGGAAGGCGGCAACAUGAGCGUGGUGACCGUCAACACAACAGGACGUAUGGAGCGCAUCUGGACCCGAGUCGGUGGACGAGUAGUAUACGAGGGUGAAGAAAGCGCUGUCGGGGUGUUAUUUGCCUCAAAGGCAAUGGUACAACUGCUCAUCAACCCGUUCUCAGGGGCCGUUAUAGAUCGCAUCGGUUACGAUCUUCCGAUGAUGUUUGGAUUGACGAUAAUGUUUCUUUCAACGGCGAUAUUCGCUUGUGGUCAGUCAUACGGUGUGCUGUUCUUUGCGCGCUCCUUGCAAGGUGUUGGAUCGGCGUUUGCCGACACGGGCGGCCUGGCCAUGAUCGCCGAUCGUUUCACAGAGGAGGCAGAACGGUCACGAGCGCUUGGUAUAGCACUGGCGUUUAUAUCGUUCGGGUGUCUCGUUGCACCGCCUUUUGGAGGGCUUUUAUUCGAGUUUGCGGGAAAGGAGGUACCUUUCAUUAUCUUGUCACUUGUCUGCCUCUUCGAUGGUAUUCUUCUCCUGUUCGUGAUGCGUCCUGUGAAGCAGCAAAUGAAAGAUAUGGGCAUGGAGCGACCGAAGGGUACACCCAUCCACGUACUUUUGAUGGACCCAUUCAUCGCUGUCUGUGCCGGCGCACUCAUGAUGUCCAACGUAUCCCUGGCCUUCCUUGAGCCCACUAUCGCCAUCUGGAUGAAGGAUAACCUGCACACAGAAGACUGGCAGAUCGGCUUGAUUUGGUUGCCAGCCUUCAUCCCACAUGUUCUAGGUGUCUAUAUCACUGUGAUUGCUGCCGAACGCUAUCCGCAGUACCAAUGGAUGAUGGCUGCGUUUGGUCUGGCGCUCGAAGGCCUCAGCAGUUUCGUCGUUCCGUUUGCGCAAUCGUAUUGGUUCCUGUUUUUCCCACUGAGCGGAAUCUGCUUUGGUAUAGCCAUGGUUGAUACAUCUCUAUUGCCGACACUCGGCUUCCUCGUCGACUACCGCUACGUGUCAGUGUACGGCUCGAUCUACGCAAUUGCCGAUAUCUCGUAUUCGAUGGCCUAUGCAAUCGGUCCCGUGAUUGCUGGCGGCAUCGUUGAGUCAAUUGGUUUCACACCUCUCAAUAUCUUCAUUGCCAUUACCAAUCUCGCAUAUGUGCCACUACUCUGGCGACUUAAGAACGUCUAUAAUACCAAGGAGGGUGAGAAUAUGGCGAUGACUGAGGUUCCCGGUGGAAAACGUCAACAUAAUUAUCGGGCGUGUGAAGGUGUCGACAAUCAUCACCAACUCGGACAAGACAAGCUGCAACAGAACACAUCUUUUGGGAUUGAAGAGACAAGGCAGCAAGCAGCUCUUCCGGCCGCUCCACCCCAACAGGCUGUUCCCACUUGGGAAGACGAUCCUUGGGGUGACGCUAAAAACAGGACGACUAUUCGAGUCAAAGGACCUGGCUUUAAUUUCGACUCAGACUAAAAGGAACGAUACUUGAUCUUCAUAGCAUACCUAAAAAGCAAAAAUAAACAGAAAUAUAUUCAGCACACUAUACAAUACUUAUAUUCAGUCUAUGGUGAAGACACAUAAAGCUUAAGGGGCAAUUGUACCUCUACAUGAGCCCAUGUAUGAAUGAAGAAGCAGGAUGGGUAAGUUGAAGGGAAGUGCGUCGAUGAAUCGAUUAAGUAAUACUUAAACGUGUUGUCGCUUGUACAGUUCACUAACAAUGACAAAAAAAAAAAAGAAAGCAAAGCUUGUUUUGCUAUCCAAAACGAGAAAGUAACGAAUUGUAGUGACAGAAGUAAACAGCAAAAGGCGAUGAAGCCCGGUUCGAUAACACCAUAGAGCAGAUAGCCACCGAACUACCUCUAGCUCUCAUUGAAAGCCUUGAUACCUUCCUUUCCUCAUCUACACAUUGUACACAUGUAAGACAGAGUAUCGAUAUCUAUUAGCGGACAAUCAUUGGUGUUUCCAUUCGUAGCCCCACGAAUUGCGAAGACAAUCAAAAGGUUCAAUGCAAUAAAUGAUCAAGUCAUGAUCAUUAAGACACCUUUAUCCGUCCUCACGUUUUUCACAUUAGACUGAUCCACUGACCAAAUCCAAUAUCACACACUUUUGAACGACCAGCAGUAUCUGCGCCUGGCAUAACACGAGAGCCGACGAGACUUAGCUAACCAGAUCUCUAAAACCAAACAAUGCCCCUACCACCGUCAGAGAUGGAUGUGAAAUUCUAACAGUCCUACAGCAUUGAGCUUAAUUACACACAGCCAUUACUAGUAUGAGAUACAAUUUAAAUAUGACCAUAUUAUUAUAUAUUGCCAUUAAUAUUACUGUGUAACUACGAUGGACAGAUUUACGUGUCCACGAGCAGCCUCUAAGCGACAGGGUGGUCGCAUAGGUACGAAUGUAAUAGAGCUAUUUAGACAACGAGGUAAGAGCGGUGUCAAUCAGCAUGAACUAACAGAACUAGCACUAAUAAUCUAUAAACGUGUGAUCAUGUAUAUUGGUCUUCUCUGUGUCUGAGCGACGUAAAUAAAUAUCCUAUGAUACUGAUAGCGGUGUAGUUGUGGCAAUGAUUAUAAAAAUAUGAUGCGCGAUGAAGAUUAUUAAUGCUAGAAAAUUACACCGAUGGUGCAUUUAGUUAGUUCUUACUCGUACAAUUCUGACAUAUCUCUGAGCUCGUUAUACGGCACGAAGAAUCUAGUGUAGCCAGUUGGUGACUUCGUCAAUGAUUUUCCCACAAUUGAUUGAUACAAUCAAUGCAAUCUAUGAUCUAAGAUUACACACGUUGAGCGUUUAAAGGAUUGCCCCCCUGCUGCUCGACUUGUACAAUGUUCCUGAGCGCCGCUUUAGAGAGUCUUCUCGCAUUAGUUACUGCGUAGCUUCUUACCUAAGCAGUAUCGACUUCCUGAAACAACUACAAGAACAUCGAAUCGAAACUUCAGUGGCAGAUGAGCGAGGAAGCUAUGAUGAAGAGCUGAAUGAACGGGUGUGUGCACGAAAGCAAAGAUUGAUAAAAGUUAGAUUACUAUUAUGCCAUAAGCCGCGAAUGAGCUAAAUGUUUCAGGCUUGCCCUGCAUUCGGUGCUUCCUGUGCACGUGAAUUCGCGUUGAGUAACGAUAGAAGUUUGUAAACAAAACUUGAACCGUUUUUUGGCUAAGGAGGCACACAGUUAACAGUCUAAAGAAACACUAUCGCCGAUACCGAACACGACAGAAGCGUUCCGCGAAAUCCAGUGGUGACAGAUGCAUAUGGCAGCCUGUGUGCAGAUCUACUAUGUUAUUCUAAAUACGUACACCAGACCGAAUCCAAGAUAGCCAUCUGGCGCCUAUACUUGCAUGCUAGUACGCGAACUCUGUAAGCGUGCGAACUAAAAAUGUGCAGGCAAUUGCUAGGGUACUUAACGCGCCUGGGAAGUAUGUUGUGUCGGAGAAAUCUGUAAAUACAUUAUACAUAUAUGGAAUGGACGAAGCGACUUCUCUCCAAUAUAUAUAUAUAUAUAUAUAUAUAAAAUUCACGUUAUAUCUGUGCCGUGUUUAGCCGACGCCUGCGACAAUGGGCCCUCUUGUUGCUACAUGCUUUUUUUAUAUUGAUAAAUAAGUAAGGAGAAAAGUACGCGAUGUAUUAAUUAAUUAUGUACGCACCAUAUGUCAAUAUUUCAUUAUACAAUAAAACCUCCAAGGGACGCCCAUGGAUAGGCAAUGACAUAAGGAACCCUACAAUACUCAUGGUGGUAACCAUAGCCUCUUCACUUCCACACAACAGUAACAAUAUUAUCAAACUACCUAUGUAGCCAGAAACGUCAAAACCUGGGAAUAAUAACCCAGCCUGCUACUGUAUUAGUGUUAUCCAAUUGCGAUGAUAAAAUGUUACGUACAUAUGAAGUUUUUGCGGAUUCAGGUGGUAAAGCACAUGAGUGAGAUUAGGAGUGAGACGAAUGUACGUGUGGGAAAUUAAAUGAAGGGUUUCUAUAUGAAAGAUGAUCAUGCGAAGUUGAUAGCCUUCGCCAUGAAUCGAUGAUGAACCAAGAUAAAUGGGCUAAUGAAUAACGUUACGAAGGGUGUAUUGAAUAAAUUUAGAUCUUACUUCAGAGUUAAUCAGCGUUCUUCAUCAAGGCCUUGGAAUGGCAUCAUGCGGGUCAUGAAGGGUUUGCGAAGGUUCUAUGUGUUGGAUUAGAAGACAACAAGUAAUCGGACGUAAAGCACACUGAGGCGGCCAUAUCGAUACGAAAAAUAAACAGCGAAAAAGCCGAAAGAAAGGCCAAGCAAAAAAAAAAAAAAAAAAAAAACAAAUGGAAUAGAAAUCGCCGGCUCUGAUGCUGUUUCCGUUAUGAGAAAGGCUCGUAGAGGGAUCUGUACUAUGUUGUGAAUAAAGAAACAGUAAAGUAUUUUGAAAGAAAGGACUACAACAUAAAAGCUAGCAUACGAACUUGACCUCAUCUAAAUGUGCGAUAAUCUUACUUGGAUAUUGAGAAUAUUAGCACGAUUUCCUCAGUUUCUUACUUUUUAAGAAGCAAUUUAAUAGACCGAUCUAACGCUGUGAUUAUAGCCUGCGGAUGUCAUUAACGGUGGCGAAGUGACUACUUCAUCACAGAACCGACUAUUGAUGAUUAACUGCUACGGACAAUUAAUAUACGAAUCAGUCAAAUUUAAAUGCAACCUAUGUCCCAGGAGAAGGUUUUCCGCUGAUAAUUUAUAUCAAGCUAUGCUUGAUGUCUUGCGCAGAUAGCUUUCAAGCGAGGGGGAGAAAAUGGACGCCCCCAAAUAAUCGAACAGAAACGACGAAACAGAGCGGUAUUAUUUGGAAGGAGAUUUUCAGUUAAUUACAGUCACGGAAGGACCGUGGCUGCAACUGACUGGAAGCAAGCGGUUAGCAAUUGUGGAAGAGAUAUCCAGGCGGCGUAUUGCGACCACAACAACAGAUGGUAAAGGACAAUGUUUUUAGGAACACACACUUACCGUCUUAGACGUAGUAGCAGAAAAUAAUGAUACUAUUACUACAGUAAUACACUAGAAACAUACGAAGAGAACAUGGACAUUUCUAUGGUACAAAAAGCAAACUGGCUCCAAAUCCGCAACAGUUCCUCAUAGAUGGAUUACGUCAAUUUGACCUUGAAGAAACGGUCAGGACACUGUGUCCGACCUUGUCGCGUCUGACUAAACGAUAUGGAGCGCUGACAAUUAUAAGAAAUCAUUGUAGAGUGUAUUUGAGAAUAUGCGUAUUUAAAUUCUACUGAAAUGACGAUAUGAAUAAGUCUGGACUCGUACGUGCACCACUAUCCAAUGAUCGUAGGCGAUACGACUCUCUUCCAUGUUAUCGAUCAUGUCACGCUCGUCACCGUUGAACAUAUUGGCUCUAUAUUUAAACCACCAUGGGCAUUUAGUUAAUGAGCAUUAGAUCUUUGGAGCGGAUCCGUGUUUAUCGAAGACAUAUAUGCUCCAUAGAUAGCAAGAUUCGAUCAGAUGUUGAUCAGAUGGGGUAGUAGUACUUUAGCUAGUGAGUGACUGUAUUUCAUUGACCGACUUCAUGCGUGCGUUUAAUUCGGUGUGAUAACAACAAGAUAUAGAAAAGCAGAAUUAUUGUUGAGGUCCUGCAUUGCGCUGAACUACACGCCGCGCCGGCUGAUAUUGUUUCUUCUUCUCGUGUCUGUUUCUACUCGCUAUUGGUAUUAUUAUUGCUGUCUUUAUAAUAAUUGUUAUAAACGUUUUCCCCUUGGCGCAGCAACGAUGAGAAACGAUGAACAUGAAUAGCCCGCUGACUGAGAUCCGAAUUUUUUGCAGCUUUUGGCUGUAAAAGGGUAAAAAAAAAUUUAGACGGAACUGAUCCGAUCGGAUCGAUGUAACGAGAGAGAAAUGAUUGUACCGUAUGAGCAGCGAAUGUGUCAAGUGCGAGCGAACGCGAUGUUUGGUGCUCAUUUAAUUCAAUAGGCAGAGGACAACUAUAGCGCGAAUAGAAUAAAAAUAACAACUCUAUCAAUAACAGUCAGACCGAUAACACUCAAAAAACAAGACUGCAGAAACAAACGCUCCGGUCGUACUAAUAAUACCGAUCAUGAAAAAGAUGUAAAGCAACAAAAAUUAUCACUUGCCGCCUUCUCCUUACCCCCGACAGGGAUGGAUGCAGAAGCAUUAGUUGAGAGAAAUAUUCUACCUAAUUGAAGGUAGAAGAUGAAAGAGGACGCUGACGACGACGAGAGAGGUGACACUGGGGUGUUGCGAACAGCAAACUGGAAGAGUUGAAGAUAAGGGGUGAAAAGUGCCCCUAUAAAUAUACGGCAAUAAAAAAUAUACCUAUAGGUAAUAUGUUCUACAGGAAAUAAGGCGUACCCUUCUGCUCGAAUCCAGCGAUACUUAAACUAUUAUAAAUCCAAAAUUUCCAAACAAUCGAACACGUGUCGCUCACUCACUAAAAAUUAUUUUACCUAGUGAUGCAUUGUACUAGCAUUUGUUGCUGAUAUUGAUUAGAUCGGCAUAAUAGGUUGGUAAAGCUCGCCUAAGAAGGAUAGCAAAAGAAGGAAUUACUAUAGGGCAGCAUUUAGAAUCUUCCUCUAGCAAUGAAACGUUUUCCCGAAAAACACAGACGUAACUAUAUUUAAUGGCGAAUGGUAAGGCAAAGCGCUCUAGAAUAAAUAAUAUGAGAAAAUAAUUAACCAAUUAGGACAACAAUGAUGAUGGUGGUGACAGUAUUCACAAAAAAACAUAAAUAAAAAUAAGAAAAUUAUCUAAUCAGGAAAAGUUACUCUCAGGUGUGUUUUUUCGUUUACGCUAAUACUAAACUCGCUCAUGCUUGUAAUUAAGAACUUCUUUGUAAGCAAUAGCGGAACGAUUGUGCAUAGUUGUUUUUGUUUAAAAUUUGCAUAAAAAGGAGAAAAAUGUUUUUUUUUUUCUGUAUUAGCCUCGAAUGAAUUAAUCACUUAAUCGUACUCAUUUCUACUUCGUGCCUUGGCUCGAACAUAUUGCUAGCAUUUUCGCACUGGUGAAGCGUAGCAUCUUUCGUGAACGCAAAGGGAGUCACUGAUGAAUAAUUCUGAUGAGUAGGCCCUUUGAUUU